AUGGGGGCACGCGUCGAGGCGGUGCGGUGUGAUCACAUCCUCUGCACGAAGGGUUUCAAGAUGCCGAGGUCUGGGAGCAUGGAGUGCAGCGAAUCUCCACCACCUCCCUACUCUCGGCUGUCUCCUAAUGAUGAGCAAAAGCCACUGGAUCUAUCAGAUUCCACGUUGUCUUACACUGAAACAGAGGCUACAAACUCGCCCAACGGCAUGCCCGGAGACUUCUCAGAUGCCAGUACAUCGCCCGAUGCCAUGAAGAGGAGCCAUUGGUGCAACGUGGCCUAUUGGGAGCACCGGACGCGCGUUGGCCGCCUCUACACAGUGUACGAACAGUCUGUCAGUAUAUUUUAUGACCUACCUCAAGGAAACGGCUUCUGCCUCGGACAGCUAAACCUGGAAAACAGGAGUGAGACUGUGAGAAGGACUCGAAGUAAAAUCGGCUAUGGGAUUUUACUUAGCAAAGAACCGGACGGUGUGUGGGCUUACAACCGCAGCGAGCAUCCCAUCUUCGUCAACUCCCCAACACUGGACAUCCCCAACUGUAGGACUUUGAUAGUGCGCAAGGUGAUGCCGGGCUAUUCCAUCAAGGUGUUUGACUACGAGAAGUCCUGCCUCUUGCAGCACACGUCUGAUCUGGAUUACGCAGACGGGCCCUAUGACCCAAACAGCGUGCGGAUUAGCUUCGCCAAAGGCUGGGGGCCGUGUUACUCGAGACAGUUUAUCACGUCAUGUCCUUGUUGGCUGGAGAUUUUACUCAGUAACAAUCGAUAACGGUCAGCUUCUGACGAAAGGAAAAAGAAAAAAAAGACACAGACUAUCCCAAAUAUCAUCUACCUAGAUUUAAUAUAAAGUUUUAUAUAUUAUAUGAAAAUAUAUAUUAUACUUGUAAUUAUGGAGUCAUUUUUACAAUGUAAUUAUUUAUGUAUGGUGCAAUGUGUAUAUGGACAAAAAACAGAAAAUGCACUUUGGCUUAUAUAAUUCUUUCAAUACAGAUUUUUUAAAAAAAGAAAAAUUAUACAGCAAAAA